UCGUUCGUUGGCCUCGUCUGCUUCUCCUAUAUGUUGUCUAGGUUUUCUGUAUGCGAACUUGUUUAUCAUUUCCGAAUCUGAAAAUCACUGAAAGCUUAAACCCUUAACAAAGUCUAAACUUUAUUCAUAACCGUAAUUGACUUGGUUCGAGUUUGUUUUUUUUGUUUUUUUGUUUUUUUUUGUUCGUUGGGCUCUGGUUGUUCUAUGAGUUCUUGUUAAUGCUUUGCAUGUCUCUUGGGAAGUAAAAUUCCCAUUUAAAUUUCUCAGUUAAACACUGGGAUAUCUAUUGGUUGGUUUAUGAAAAGUAUGAUUGAAAGUGAAGGGAGAUGAUUGUAGAGAAAUCUUAAGAAAUCCCAGUUUCAAGAAUCAAAGACCCUUUACCUCUUCCUUCUUUUCUGGGAACUAAACAAUUUGAAGGGCUUUUGUUGGGUGGGGGAUUGGGGCGGAGGAAACAACUGAAAAAGGGAGGUGAACUUAGAGAAUGUGGGUUUUUUGGACAAACUAAAUGGAGCUAGGCUUUUGCUGUUAAUCUUUGCUCUUGGACAUAAUGGAAAUUGGAAGUAUCUAAGGUUAGGUCUCCAGUGAUGUAAAUUUUCCGUCUAUUUGAUGAAGGCUAGUGCAGCAGUCUAAACAAAGGAAGUUGCUCUUUGGAAGGGUCUUAGUUUUCAAGACGGACUUCCAUGAGAAGUUAGUACUAUUGUGAGUGAUCAAUGCAUUAUAGAACAGCUUGGCUUCGAACACUCCUCUCUCAGACAUUGGCCAACGCAUUUUGUUGUUCUUAUCCUGUCUCAACUAAUUAGGAUACAACUAAGCACGAAAUGAGUUAAAGGGAUGCAUCUCUUAAUCUGAUGCUGCUCUAAUAAAGGCAUCUAUCGAUUGUGGAGAUCCGUUUGAAAUAUGUGCAAUCAUAGCCUGGGCAUUGUUUUAAAAAAAAUCGUUCAAAUGGAGCCUCCUGGAGAUCCUGGGCCAAUUGAUAAUUCGGUACUUUAUGAUCAAGAAAACCAUGUCUCUUCAGCUGUUUGGGAUGGGCAGGAGCGAGGAGUUCUUAGAUGUCACGAACACACGUCACUACUUGAUCAAUGGAAGCUCACGCCUAAACAAAUUGAGUUGGUUGUGAAGGCAGGAUUUCAGUACUUACGAAUGAUUCCUGCAAUUAAUUUUGACAGUGCCCUCAUAGCAGCACUAGUUGAGAGGUGGAGGAGAGAGACAAAUACCUUUCACUUGCCUGGUGGAGAAAUGACAAUUACCCUCGGAGAUGUAGCACUCUUGCUUGGGCUAGCUAUUGAUGGAGAGCCUGUUAUAGGUGCAACAAGCAGCACUCCGAGCUCGUUGUGUGCAAAAUUACUAGGAAGAGUACCAGAAGACCUAAGUGGUGGAAUGGUGAAGCUUACCUGGUUGAAAGAGUUCUUUUCUCAGUGUCCCAAAGAUGCACCGAUUGAAGAGAUUGAACGCCGAACACGUGCUUACCUCCUAUACCUGGUAGGCAGUACAAUAUUUUCCACAACAACUGGAAACAAAGUCCCUGUCAUGUACCUUUCAUUGUUUGAGGAUUUUGACAAAGCAGGAAGGUUUGCCUGGGGUGCAGCAGCACUGGCAUUCCUUUAUAGAGCACUCGGCAAUGCUUCACUUAAGACUCAAAGCACCAUUAGCGGCUCUUUAACUCUACUGCAGUGUUGGAGUUAUUAUCACCUGAAUGUUGGUCGACCAAGAUUCAAUCAGGAGCCAAACCAAGGUUGCUUUCCAUUGGUGCUUUGGUGGAAAGGAAAACAAAGCGGUUCAAGAAUGAGAUGUAAUAUAGUUUCCUACCGCAAGGCCUUGGAUUCUCUCAACCCUACUGAUAUAGAGUGGCUUCCUUAUAAAGAUAUCGACCAUACAGAAAUACCAGAAGAUAUUAAAAAUACUUUGACCUUACGAGCAUCAAAGACCAUGCUCAUAUGCUUUGAGAAGGCAGAAAGACAUCUCCCAGACCGUUGCCUUAGGCAAUUUGGCAUGCUUCAAGGAAUCCCAAAGGAUGUACAGCGAUGGGAGAGAAAGAGCCGUGCAUAUGAUCAUGGGGUUGACAUCUUGGGAAAAAUGCAAUCUGAGCUUGACGAGUGGUCAAUGCGUCGACUUCAUAUCGUGGAAGGUGAUGAUGACGUGGAUGAGAGGGAGUAUAUGCAGUGGUACCAGAGAAUUACUCGUAAAUUUGUUGGGAGGCUUACAUCUGUUGAGUCUGAGUUUAAGGGAAAAGUUGAAGCUUUGAAUGAAAUUGCAAGCAUGCUAGAUAGAUUUUCAGAAGAUGGGAUGGAUUCCCAGGAUAGGAAGUUACUCGAUGAGGUAAAGGAUAUUGUGCACAACUAUUUGAUAGAUGAAGUUGGAGAGUCACAGAAGAAAAUUGGAACAAAGAGUACAAAGAAACGUAAGCGAAAGGAUGAUUUGAAUUGCGAGGAUGGUCAAUGCUAGAACAGUUGAUGCAGUAAUCAUACGAAGGAAACUAUGGUUAUUCAGAUGAAAUGCAGAGUUUAUUGCAAAGCGAUUCAGGUGUGCUUUUUUCCUCAUCAUUAAAGCAUUGCUGCCUGUAGACUAUAGUGAUCAUUUUUACUAAACUUAGAUUCAUAGUGCUCAUAAUAUAGUCACCUUGUAUGUCAAUCAUGUACAAUAUUCUAAAUUUUAGAUGUCAAAUAUUCAUCGAUCCCGGAAUCUUUAUGGAAAA